CUCUGAUAAUACCACAUAAUAUCACGUUUCCCACCUUUUUUAUAUAACUGCUUCGAUGGCAACUCUAAAGAAUAGCAGCCCAAACCGAAAAUACCUCACGAACGGAUAAAUGACCUUGAGCAGCCAAUCAGGUGACUGCGUAUAUCCCAGACGUAUUUAUGGGUGCUUUAUACCUUUUGCGUUGCAAAUUCUCUCCAGAUCUUGUUUUCGAUUACUGUUUGGAGAACGGACUGAUAGGAAUGUCGAAAAAUUACCGAUAUGGAGGUGUCAUUCAUAUGUAAAGAUAAAAUAGAUGUAUCGAUGGGUUUGUUUGUUGGUAAAAUGAGUGCCGAACCAGAAAAUCAGUUCGAGAACGUAUGUCGUUCGUUUUUAAUUUACAGAUUCCUUAGGUACUUUUGAUAAAAAGAAAAUAUAAUCGAGGGAGGUUGAGUGCAAAUCAGCAAUAGGUAUUGGGGAUAUAUGACAGCAACCUCCAUAAAGGAUAUAUUGAGGUGAUCCCUAAUCGCAGUGCAGGUGUAUUAUUGCCUAUUAUCCAGCGCUUAGUACUACCUGGGACGACUAUUCAUACAGAUGAAUGGAGUAGUUAUAGUCAGUUAUAGAAUCUAGGCUAUAUUCAUUAAGUCUUCAACCAUACAAAUGGUUUUCUCAAUCCUUUUGAUGGAAGUCACACUAAUUCCAUCGAAAGUUUCUGGAGUCACCUAAAAUACGUAUCAGAUCUGUGAAUGGAUCAAGAAAUGCAAUGAUAUGCAGUUAUCUCGAUGAGUUUAUCUACAGGACUUGGUUUAACAUGAGAAGCAAGACUCCUAUGAGAAAUUGGCAGAUUUUUGGAACAUAUACGAGAACGCUGUCCUUUAUAACUAUUUUUUUAAACAUUGCAUUACUUAUAUAUAAGAGAUUUAUUACAAUUAUGCACCGUUUUUUGAGCCUUCUGAUUGGUCGAAGUUGUCCUUGUCAAGGUCAUUUGUCCAUUCGCUAGGUAGUUUCGGUUUGGGCUGCAAUUCUUCAGAGUUACCGCUUUGAUAAAGCCCAUGUCCUAUUCGAAUACAUACCACACAAUCCAAGACAUAUAAUGGUAAACACCAGCGAACGAGAACUAUGAAUGAUGAACAAAGAAAUAAGCUCACUAUCUAAUCUUUCAAAUUUUGCUGAUGAAUUCACCAUGUUCGCCGCCGCCAACUUCGACAACUCUCUAUCUGUUAUUACUGGGGACUUCAACUCGUCAGAUUGCUCCUUCCUUGAAGCACUUGGUCACUCUAACAUUGUCAAAUUUCCCACUCGACUAGAAAAAACACUGGAUUUAGUUUUUACAAAUGACGAAGGAAUCUAUGAAGCAGGUAAACGUGCACCGAUCCUCAACUCUGAUCACUCUAUUGUUCGUGUUCUACCAAAAAUAUACAGCAAAACACAUAUCAAAGUCUUCUCACAUCUGUCUAUGAAAGCACAACAAAGAUGCUACUCAUCCGAAAACUUACUCAAUCUAAGGUGCAUGUUAAAUAAUACUAACUGGGAUUUAUUCCAUGAAACUUCAUUAGAUGACACAAUCGUCAAUAUAACGGAUUAUCUCAAGUUUUGCCUUGAUAUAUGCUGUCCCAAACAAACUCUAUUCAAACGUCUCGACCGCUUCUCAUCUCCUUAUCUCAAACAACUUCGCAGGAAAAAAGAAACUUUGUACAAAUCCAAAGACAAGUUAGGACUCAAAAAGAUUAAUGCUCAGAUCAAAUCUGAAAUCAAAAAUCUUAAUGCUAUCUAUAAUGAUACACUUUUAUCAUGUAAAUCUCCAAUCAGUAUGUGGAAACUUUUUAAUGAAAUUACUGGUAAUAGUAAGCGUUGUAAUACUUUUCCCUCUUAUGAUGUUAAUGCUCUUAAUCAGUCUUUUAUACGCUGUCCUUCUACUUUAACUACUUCUAAUGUUACCUAUCAUGUAGCUGAAAACUUUCAUGACUUUAAUACUCUCGAUGUUCUAAAAUGUCUUAAAACACUCAAGCCCUCACGUAGCCUAGGUCCUGAUGGUAUACCUGCCUAUGUUCUAAAACAAUGUGCAGAUGUGUUGUGUUCUCCACUAACCAACAUCCUAAAUGCCUCUUUCUCCAAAAAUAUCGUACCUGAUGCAUGGAAAGACAUCAAAAUUGUCCCUGUCCCUAAACCUGGAAACGGCAAGAACGUAAAGUUCAGACCCAUUGCCAUCACUUCCCCGUUCCUAAAGCUUAUGGAAAAACUAAUACUUCUUAAACUCGAACCCUCCCUUAAAAAAUUCGAAGACCCAAAACAAUUUGCCUAUAGACAGGGUAGGAGUACAUUAGACGCUGCAGCUGUCUUACACAACAACAUCGUCUCAUCAUUAGAUAAAGGUGCUAAAUACGUCCGCUGCACGUUUCUUGACUUCACUUCUGCUUUCGACUCUGUUCCUAGAUGUCUCCUUCUAAAUAAGCUCUCUUUGACGAAAACUGAGUCCUGGGUCACUAACUGGUUGCAUUCCUACUUCUCUAACAGAAAGCAGUACACCGUAUACAAAGGUAAAUCAUCCUCUGCUGCACUCACUGAAGCCGGAGUCCCCCAAGGCGCUGUACUCUCCCCACUUCUCUUUUCUUUCUUUCUACAUGACUUACCAUCUUCAAAUGACAUUAAUUUUGUCAAAUACGCUGACGAUCUGUCUGUCAAAGCGACUGCUCUAAACUUAAUGGCUUUCUGUCAGAAAUCAGCCAGUGGUCCAAGGAAAAUGGUCUUACUCUAAACGCUUCCAAAUGCCAAACAGUCAAUUUCACCUUUAGGCAUAAAUCCGACCUAAACAAACUGUUUGGCUCUCACCAGGUGUGCAACAUAGACGGCACUGAAAUAGAAACUAAAUCGGAAAUUAAAUACCUAGGUGUCAUUCUA